GAAGCUGGAAUGUGAGAAGCUGGUGAGCGAGAAGACGGAGAUGCAGAGACAUUAUGUCAUGUACUAUGAGAUGUCCUACGGGCUGAACAUUGAAAUGCAUAAGCAGGCAGAGAUUGUCAAGAGACUGAGUGCCAUCUGUGCCCAGAUUAUACCCUUUCUGACGCAGGAGCACCAGCAGCAGGUCCUGCAGGCUGUGGAGCGGGCCAAGCAGGUGACCAUGGGGGAACUGAACAGCAUCGUCGGGCAGCAGCAGCUUCAGCACCUCUCCCACCACGCAUCCCCCAUCCCGCUGACACCCCACCCUUCCAGCAUGCAGCCUUCUAGCCUGAGUGGGGUCAGCAGCACCUCGGGGCUCCUGGCCCUCUCGGGGGCAUUGAUGGCACAGUCUCAGCUGGCUGCCAAGGAGGACAGAGUGGCCCAGGAUGGGGAGAACAGAGAGCGCACGCCGAGCCGGAGCAUUUCUACUUCCCCUCCCGAGAGCCUGCAGGAUGAGGAGCGGACAGGAGGCAUGGGGCUGAAGCGGAAACGGGAGGAGAAGGACCUGCCUGGGCAUUAUGAUAGCGAUGGGGACAAGAGCGACUACAACCUUGUGGUGGAUGAGGACCCCCCCUCGGAGCCCAGCAGCCCUGGCCACGCACCCAGCAGCCGGCUCCCGCCAGCCCGCCGUGAGAUGACUGAGAGCCCUGCCUCCAUCAACUCUAGCCGGAGCACGACGCCCCUCAAGCCGAAGGACCAGAGUCUGACUGACCCUCCAGCCAGUGCUCCCGCCUCCAAGCCCUCUGCUUCUUCGCCGCCCCAUGAAUCCCUCACACCCGGCCCCGGGCCCAGCUCGGCCACCCUGCUCCGGCAGCCCCCUGCCAAGGCACCUGCCACCGACACCAUCACUCUCCGCAGCCCGCUGAGCAUGUCCAGCCCCUACACAUCCUCCUUUGGGAUGGUGCCUCAUGCCACCCUCAGUGGGGAGCUCCCAGCCCCCAGCAUGUACAUGGGCAUCCACCUCUCACCGCAGGUCAGCAGCGCCGUGAUGUAUGGCCGGUCCCCGAUGGUGGCUUUUGAGUCGCACCCUCACCUGAGGGCUUCUACCAUCUCAUCUUCACUCUCCACCAUCCCUGGAGGGAAACCUGCCUACUCCUUCCACGUCAGCGCCGACGGGCAGAUGCAGCCGGUGCCUUUUCCACCCGAUGCCCUCAUCGGCUCCAGCAUCCCCCGCCAUGCACGGCAGCUCCACACCCUGACCCAUGGUGAGGUGGUCUGCGCUGUCACCAUCAGCAGCUCCACACAGCAUGUCUACACUGGGGGCAAGGGCUGUGUGAAGGUGUGGGAUGUGGGGCAGCCAGGCACCAAGACAGCCGUGGCUCAGCUGGACUGCUUGAACCGUGACAACUACAUCCGCUCCUGCAAGCUGCUCCCCGAUGGCCGGAGCCUGAUUGUGGGGGGGGAGGCCAGCACCCUCUCCAUCUGGGACCUGGCGGCCCCCACACCCCGCAUCAAGGCUGAGCUCACCUCCUCUGCCCCCGCUUGCUACGCCCUGGCCAUCAGCCCUGACCCCAAAGUCUGCUUCUCCUGCUGCAGUGACGGCAACAUCGUGGUGUGGGACCUGCAGAACCAGACCAUGGUGAGGCAGUUUCAAGGCCACACAGAUGGUGCCAGCUGCAUCGACAUCUCUAACUACGGCACCAAGCUGUGGACAGGGGGGCUGGACAACACAGUGCGGUGCUGGGACCUGCGGGAGGGGCGUCAGCUGCAGCAGCAUGACUUCAGCUCUCAGAUCUUCUCCCUGGGGUACUGCCCGACGGGAGAGUGGCUGGCAGUGGGCAUGGAGAGCAGCAACGUGGAGAUCCUGCACGUGACCAAACCAGACAAGUACCAGCUGCACCUCCAUGAGAGCUGCGUCCUCUCCCUCAAAUUCGCCUCCUGCGGGAAAUGGUUUGUGAGCACGGGGAAGGACAACCUGCUGAACGCCUGGCGGACGCCCUACGGAGCCAGCAUCUUCCAGUCUAAAGAGUCCUCGUCAGUGCUGAGCUGUGACAUCUCUGUCAACGACAAAUUCAUCGUUACGGGCUCUGGCGACAAGAAGGCCACAGUGUACGAGGUGGUAUACUGAGGCCCGGUCCGUCACCGUCCCUCAUCCAUCAGGGAAGGGCAAGGUCUUGUCCAAAGCUGCUGGGGCUGGCAGAGGCCUCCCGUGCUGGGUCAGUCAUCCAGCAGCCCUGCUCUCCCUCCUCCUACUCCCGCAGCCCUGCUCUCCCUCUUCCUCCUCCUCUCCUUUUAGCUGCCAAAACAAGGCCAGGGCACCGGCCCUGCUCCCUGCCCGAUGCGUCGCAAAGGUGAAAGGAAGAGCUGGAGGUGAGCGCUCAUUGUGGCCUGGCAUCCCCCCCAAGCUGGGCAGCAGGCAGGGGCUGGUCUAGGUCUCCUAUGGCCUUUCUGUCCAUCAGGGCUGGAGGCACAGGGAGCUGGAGGGCCAGCAGGGCAGCAAGGCGAGGCCAAGAGUGGCUGAGAGAGUGUUGUUCCUGAAAUACUGCUACUGAUUUAAUGGCCCCCAUUUUCUGCUGCAGAAACAGCUGUAAAUUAUCAGUAAAGAAAUGUAUUUAACUGUGUUUUCAAUCC